AUGGCGACGACAGAGCAGCCUCCGAAGGGUUCGAACCUCGGCACGCCGGGUAUGCUGAGUGAGAGAGACUCAUCCGACACCUCCAUGAUGCCUCAACAAGAACCGAAGGCGGCUCCGAAAGCCGGCUUCAUGACCAGAUUGCGCGAGGAAAUCGACCCGGCGCACUCGGACCUGCCCGUGCUCGCGACCUGCUUCGUAUCCGGAAUAUGUGACAGCGUCGCGUUCAACGCAAGCAGCGUCUUCGUGAGCAUGCAAACAGGCAAGUCCCCAUCUCCCCCCUGGACCUACUGGCAAGUGUGUGUCACCGACACGCCCCGACUGACAUGUCAUCCAGGCAACACCAUCUUCCUGGCCCUUGGCACAGCGAACCUCCCAUUCGGCGCCGAAACCCUCUGGCUCAGGGCGCUCGUCUCCAUCGUCUGCUUCUGGGCGGGCUGCUUCUUCUUCAGCCAGUCGCGCCGCGUCGGACCCAAGGGCAAGGCGACCUUGGCGGGCUCGUUCUUCAUCCAGUCCGCCUUCAUUCUCAUCGCGGCCGCAGUGUCCCAGGGCGGCGUGGUUCCUGCGUUUGGUAUGAAGUCUCUCGGCACUGCAGCAGCGCGCGGCAGGCUUGCGAGUUACGAGACCGAGAGCAUGACCCUGCUCCCGGUUGCGUUGUUGGCAUUCCAGUUUGGAGGGCAGAUCGUGACGAGCCGAGUCUUGGGUUUCAACGAGGUGCCGACUAAUGUGUUGACGUCGCUGUAUUGCGAUUUGUUCUCCGACCCGUUGAUCAUAGCGCCCAUUGGCAAGAAUGUGAAACGCAACAGGCGGGUUGUGGCCGUCCUCCUGAUGGUUGCUGGUGGAAUUAUCGGGGCUUGGCUGCAGAAGUCGAAGGCUGGUAUGCCAGCUGCAUUGUGGAUCGGAGGUGCCAUCAAGAUGGUCAUUGCCGUAUGUUGGUUGGCCUGGAGAAGCAAGACCGUGGUGCACGAUGAGAAAGUGUAA